AUGGAGCAGCCAAUGGUAAUUAAUAUCAAUGGAAAUAGCAAUAGCAAUCAUAUACUAGGUUCCAAAAUUAGACCACCAAGCUCGCUUGGGGCGUCCAUAAAGAUCACGCCAGCGAACUCUCCAGCCCUAAAACCGGCAGCAAGACCUCCUCACAAACCCUCGCAUUACUCGACAUUAUCCCUGCAGACUGUGAUCGGGACGACCACAUCAAAUCCGAAUGGCUUCUCCUUCCACGAACCUACAAAAUCAUUUGCGCUGUGUGCAGGUUCAGCGACAAUUUUAGCUGAGGUAGAUCAGGACAUGAACAUCUCACAACGUUUCUUCCGCGCACGGCCUACCGCAGCCCCUGUUAAUCCUGUCCAGUCAUUCUAUAAUACGUCGACACCUCCCACUACACCCGACCUGCGGAUAAGGUCACUUCAACCGGCAGAUAUCCCUGUGUCGAUAAUGACGGAUCACUCGUUUGGCAUUCGUAGCCUUGCAUUCAGUCCCACCUCGCAGUAUUUGGCUACGCUCGGUGAUAUCAACGAUGGGUUCUUGUUCAUCUGGAAUGUGAACUUGAAAAACGGCGCGGCGAAGCUACACUCGACAAACAAAUGCACAUCAUUUGUCAGGGAUAUAUGCUGGAUGGGAAUCAGUUUAAUAACUGUUGGAAUAAGGCACAUUAAAGUCUGGAGAUUGACCGAGCCUAGACCUAACUCUCCAUCCAAACAGCAACGAUUCGUCCUCGAUGCUACGGUACCUUCUCCGUCAAGCUCCUCGCCAAGAGCACUUGCUGGAAGAAACUGUCUUCUGGGCAGCUUGGGUGACUGUACAUUCACUUGCGUUUCAAGCAUUUCAGACGAUGAAGCAAUUGUUUGCUCCGAUAGCGGUAUGAUAUGUAUUCUUGAUGAUACUAACGCACAGCAAAAGUUACACUUUGUCAAAAGCGUUACUUUUGGCAUUUGCUCCAUUGUAGUUGACCAUGAAUCCGGCAUGGUCUGGUUCGGCGGCCGUGGCCGAAGAAUACACAAAUCUUCAAUUGAUGAAUUGAAAUCAUUGAUAUCCCAAUCACCAAUAUACCCGGACCAUGACGAACGAUUCUUGUCUAGUCCGAAGACAAAAAGGCCAGCGAUCAUCUCUAUGGGUAUAUUCGCUACUCAUAUGGUCACGGUGGAUUCCACUCGCGCGAUACGGGUUUGCCCUCUCAGCAAAGUGGGCGAGGAUAAUGUCGAUACGCUACCAGAAAUAUCCAUGCCGGCACAUCGAGAUGCGGUACUCGGUAUUGGGGCACUAACGCCUCCCGGGCCACACGAAGCGGACUUCUUUACCUGGUCAUCAGGCGGAACCGUCAAUUUCUGGAGCCUUCAAGGCAGAUGCCGUGCGACAAGGAAAGUAGAUCUUGAGCAGUUGCCCGGUAACGAUGAUGAUAAAAACGAGUUGAAAAUUGUACGAACCACAGCGGAUAUGACGACAUUUAUUUCUGGUGAUAAAUACGGUGUAAUAAGAUUAAUCACCGGAGACCCAUGGGAAUGCACGAACGAGGCCAGAGCCCAUGGCGGCGAGGUUACAGACAUUGCCGUGCAAGCAAAUAGCGCCGGAAUAACCAUAGUCGCCACCUGCGGUCGUGAUCGGAUGGUUCAACUUUUCAAAAUUGCCGAUAAUUCCCUCCACUUGAUACAAACGAUGGAUGAACAUGUCGGCGCUGUUGGGCGCAUCUUAUUGUUGAAUAACAGCGAAAAGCUACUGUCCUGUUCUUCCGAUCGCACGGUUAUCGUUCGAGAUCGCAUGACCCGUGAAACUGAUGGGGAUACUACGAUAGCUUUCAGCCUGUCGAGAGUUCUUUCGCUGAAGGCGUCUCCCGUAUCGAUGACCCUUUAUCCUGAUGGAGAGGAUACACUUAUUUUGUCCACUAUAGACAGGCAUAUCCACAGAUUCGAUAUCCCAUCUGGCAGACAGAUCCAUUCAUUCAAGGCAUCAGACCCGGAAACGAAUGACACGGUCGUGCUCAGCUCAUUGAUGGCAAACUGUGAAGUGCCAGAACAAAGUCCCCCACUUCUUGUUGGAGUGUCAACGACGGACAAAUCCAUUCGAGUCUAUGAUUUUGAAAAGGACACACUCCUGACACGGGAGUUUGGCCAUACCGAAGGCGUCAGUGAUAUCGUCCUGAUCGAAACUAAGUCAGCAGAUACCAAAGAAAGAGUAAAGAAAACUCUAAUAAGUACAGGUCUUGAUGGUAUAAUCAUGAUUUGGGAGCUUUCCAUCCUGCAACAGCAACCUGUGCAAGAAAUACAACAGGCGGCACCCGUUCGCGCUGAAGACACAACUCCGGCAAAGGAACUGACGGCUGUUAAGCCUCCACUACGUCGAAUUCUCUCAAAGUCUGAACUUGCUGGUUUUCAACGCCUUGACGGUCCAUCGCCCAGCCCUACGCCAGUCAGAGAGACAUCGCCACCCCGCAUCCGAAAGAAGACAUCCCGAUAUACAAUUAGCCCUUCAAUAUCGAAGAUCGGAUACAAUACACCCAUCCUAUCUACUCCUCCACUUCCCCCACCUCGUCGAUCAAGCGUCAUGAUUCCCGACAAGAGCAGAAGCUCCCCAUCCCCACCCAGUCCCAAAUCCCAUUCCUCCAAAACCCUCUCGGCGAAAAUCAGCAACAGCAGCCUACGCCGCCCCUCUUACGAUCUCCGCUCUCGCACAAAGUCCAAUGGGAAUACCAUCAAUAGCCCCGCUACGCCUUCACCAGCACCUACUAGCGAAUUUGGCAGCCUCAACAUGUCCACUGAGCAGGUCUGCAGGACAUUGAGAGCAUACAGGAAGAAAUUAAGCGGUUCAACAGACCCCUUAAAUGCCGCCCCUGAGCUGGAAAGGGAGCUUGAUCUCACUGUGCGCGCACUAGGGGAGCGAUCGAAGCGCAUCCAGAUUAACGGGAAUUCACACUCGCACCUCGAGAACCAUUCCAAAACAUGCAGAUCCAUCGGAACUUCGAUGCCUGUCAAAUCGCUAAAACUUGCGCGACGGAUACCAUCUACUCCAAAUUUAAAUCGUAAUAUGAAUGGAGGGACCAUAUAUAGGACCCAUUCUUUGGACCCGGAUGGAGAAGGGUAG